GCGCCGAAUAAAUUGUAGCGCAAAUCCUUCCGACACGCAUCCACUGCACCCCAGCAGAGAUACGCUGUUGGGACGUGGCGCGGGCGCGAUGCCCGUUACAGCGUGCUCUGAGCUAUGACGUUGAUUGUUGGGUUGGCAACAACUUUUGGUUGAGCGCUGCCCUCAGCAAUCGGGUUAGAGACCCCGCAAAUUCGUGAUCGUCUCUGCAAUUCAUCUGGCAGGCUGUCGCUGUGAAACCUGCAUCCUCCCGCUGCCAUAUACUCUGGUAGCAAACCUGACAGCUCCUCCCACCUACCAUCCCACACCAUGGAGCUCAACAAGGCUUCCGCAAACUCGACUCUGAGCGACACCCCGGGGCAGGUCCCAAACGAUGGCACUGGCAUCAUUCAGAUGGAUGGCUACCUUGAGCCCUUCAAGGACGCGCUGAAGAGCCGCUUCUCCAAGGCGCAGAAGUGGAUCAAGACCAUUGACGAGACUGAGGGCGGUCUCGAGAAGUUCUCGCGGGGUUACGAGAAGUUCGGCUUCACUGUCCAGCCCAACGGCGACGUCGUCUACCGCGAAUGGGCCCCGAAUGCCCUGCGCGCCUACCUCAUUGGUGACUUCAAUGGCUGGGACCGCGAUGCGACGCCCAUGACCAAGAACGAUUUCGGCGUCUUCGAGGUGACGAUUCCUGGCCAGAACGGUCAGCCCACCAUUCCCCACGACUCCAAGAUCAAGGUCUCCUUCGUCGUCCCCAACGACCAUGCGCGCCAGGAGCGCCUCCCCGCCUGGAUCACCCGAGUGACCCAAGACCUCAACGUCUCUCCCGUAUACGAUGCCCGCUUCUGGAACCCUCCCCAGAAGUACGUCUGGAAGAACCAGCGGCCGCCCAAGCCCCAGAGCGCGCGUAUCUACGAAGCCCACGUUGGUAUUUCCUCCCCCGAUCCCAAGGUAGCGACCUACAAGGAGUUCACCCGUGACAUCCUCCCCCGCAUCAAGCACCUGGGAUACAACACUAUACAACUGAUGGCCGUCAUGGAGCAUGCGUACUACGCCAGUUUCGGAUAUCAGAUCAACAGCUUCUUCGCUGCGAGCAGCCGCUACGGCUUCCCAGACGACCUGAAGGAGCUCAUUGAUACUGCGCACGGAAUGGGCAUUACCGUCUUGCUGGACAUGGUGCACAGUCACGCAUCUAAGAACGUGCUUGACGGUCUCAACAUGUUCGACGGCAGCGACCACCUCUACUUCCACGAGGGCGCCAAGGGACGACACGAGCUGUGGGACAGCCGGCUGUUCAACUACGGUCAUCACGAGGUCCUGCGCUUCUUGCUCAGCAACCUGCGCUUCUGGAUGGAGGAGUACCACUUCGACGGUUUCCGAUUCGACGGAGUCACUAGCAUGCUGUACACCCACCACGGCAUUGGAACGGGCUUCUCGGGCGGUUACCAUGAAUACUUCGGUCCUUCAGUCGACGAGGAGGCAGUCGUUUACCUUAUGAUUGCCAACGAGCUACUGCACACACUCUACCCCGACUCCAUCACAAUCGCCGAAGACGUUUCCGGUAUGCCUGGUCUUUGCGUGGCACUCUCGUUAGGCGGAAUAGGAUUCGACUACCGAUUGGCCAUGGCUGUACCCGACCUCUACAUCAAGUGGUUGAAGGAGAAGCAGGACAUUGACUGGGACAUGGGCGCACUCGUCUUCACUUUGACAAACCGAAGGCACGGCGAGAAGACCAUUGCCUACGCGGAGAGUCACGAUCAAGCGCUGGUCGGAGACAAGACUCUGCUCUUCUGGCUUUGCGACGCGCAAAUGUACACCAACAUGUCGGUUCUUUCAGAGCUCACCCCAGUUAUCAACCGCGGUUUGUCGCUGCACAAGCUGAUCCGACUGAUCACACACGGUUUGGGAGGUGAGGGUUACUUGAACUUCGAGGGUAAUGAGUUCGGUCACCCUGAGUGGCUCGACUUCCCUCGCGAAGGCAACAACAACAGCUUCCACUACGCCCGCCGCCAAUUCAACCUUCCAGACGAUGAACUCCUCCGCUACAGGUUCCUUAACGAGUUCGACAGCAAGAUGCAGUGGACAGAGGAGAAGUACGGAUGGCUCCACUCGCCUCAGGCCUAUGUCAGCCUCAAGCAUGAGGGCGACAAGGUCAUUGUGUUUGAGCGUGCUGGACUGCUGUGGAUCUUCAACUUCCAUCCUCAGGAGAGCUUCACCGACUACCGUGUUGGCGUUGAGCAGGAGGGUACUUACCGUAUCGUUCUGAGUACCGACAGCAAGGCGUUUGGUGGCCAUGGCAACGUGGACGAGACGACUAGGUUCUUCACCACACCAUUUGCCUGGAACGAGAGGAAGAACUUCCUGCAGGUGUAUAUUCCUAGCAGGACUGCUAUCGUGCUGGCACUCGAGAGCACUUUGUAAGAAGUAUAGCCGAUGUCGAAGAGGCAUGGUGAUGGACGUUAAACUGAAGGGUCAACAUACCCAGCGAAAUGAUCGUGCCGCAUAGUAUGAAUAGCGAUAUAUGUCUCAAUAACAUAAUAGAAGACAUCUGCCGAUCAAUUUUUUGUUCUCUAAUUCAGUCUAAGUGAAGGUGAAGUGCGAAGUCUCUGUCGAGGUGAAGACGGAUUGAAAAAUCCUUACGCUCACCACUUCCAUAAAAGCUUUGCAACUUACAGCUUUCUCUUCAUUACCAC